UGCAGAACGUGCGCAUGCGCGGUACGCAGCGCUGGUAUCUCAUCACCGUAGUAACGGUUUGUUGACAGUCUUCAGUGGCGUGAUGAGACUAAAACGGCUACACAUACGAUACUACCCACCAGGAAUAUUCCUGGACUAUGAGAAAGGGGGGCAGCUCAGAACGAAAUCCAUCGAUCUGUUAAACCUGACUCCAGAGACUGAUGUGAAUGAGUUAGUGUCAGACAUCAGAGCAGCUGAACCUCUCAUCAGCUCAUCCUGCGUCGAGCAGCUCAAAGCCCUGAUCUGCAAACUACAAGAGAAAGUCAGCCAAAAGGAUGACCGCAAGUUUUACCUUUUCAGGGCACUUCAGGCUCACAUCUUGCCCCUGACGAAUGUAGCCUUCAAUAAAUCAGGAUCGAGUUUUAUAACCGGAAGCUAUGACAGGACUUGUAAAAUAUGGGACACCGCAUCCGGAGAGGAGCUACACACUUUGGAGGGUCACAGGAACGUUGUGUAUGCCAUCGCCUUCAACAACCCUUAUGGAGACAAGGUUGCCACUGGCUCCUUUGACAAGACCUGCAAAUUGUGGAGUGCUGAAACAGGAAAGUGUUUCUACACGUUUAGAGGGCACACAGCAGAAAUCGUUUGCCUGGCCUUUAACCCUCAGAGUACCUUGGUUGCUACGGGCAGCAUGGACACCCUGGCUAAAUUAUGGGAUGUUGAGAGUGGGAAAGAGAUGUCUACAUUGGCAUUGAAUAGCAGCAUACCGAAUACAAACAGAUGCGUCAUGCAGCCCAGUCUGAUCCGGAGCUGUGUAGAUGUGAGAAACGUGCCAUGGGUCGGAGGGAGAGGGGAAGAGACGGAGCGUUUGGAGGGUCACUUCGCCGAGAUCAUCUCUCUCUCCUUUAACACAACGGGCGAUCGUUUGGUCACGGGGUCGUUUGACCACACUGCCAUUCUAUGGGACGUUUCUACUGGCAGCAAAGUUCACGUUCUCACAGGUCAUCGAGGAGAAAUCAGUUGCGUUCAGUUCAACUGGGACUGUUCCCUCAUCGUCACAGCCUCUCUGGACAAAACCUGCAAGGUGUGGGCUGCAGACGGCGGUCAGUGUUUGGCUACUCUCUUGGGACAUAAUGAUGAAGUGCUGGAUGUGUGUUUUAACUACACUGGUCAGCUGAUCGCUACAGCCUCUGCUGAUGGUACAUCAAGAGUGUUCAGCGCAGAAACCUUCCAGUGUUUGUGGCAAUUAGAGGGCCAUAAAGGAGAGAUUUCUAAGGUGUGUUUUAAUCCACAGGGGAGCCGUGUUUUGACGGCGAGUGUGGAUAAGACGGCUCGUGUGUGGUGUGUGAACACAGGAGUGUGUUUGCAGGAGCUCGAGGGCCAUUCUGAUGAGAUCUUCUCAUGUGCUUUCAACUACGAGGGAGACACCAUCAUUACAGGCAGUAAAGACAACACCUGCAGGAUCUGGCACUGAGAGAGCGGCCUGAACUCUGAUCUUACAGUAUUCCCACACCUCUUUUGAUUAAGAUAUUGUGUGUCAUCUUGUCACACUGCCCCCUAGUAUUUCAGAGAACAUGUAUGUGUGGAAGACAUUAUGGUAACGCUUUUCAUGUAUAACGCAUUAUAAAGGUAUUCAUAAUGCAAGUUGUGAUGCAUUAUAUCUUUCAUGAAUAA